AUGCAGCAAUGUGACAGCCCUUUCAUUGUCAAAUGCUAUGGUAGCCUCUUUGACAGUCAAGACCUCUGGAUUUGUAUGGAGUAUUGUGGCGCUGGCUCAGUUGCUGACAUUAUGCGUUUUCGGAACCAAACUUUAAAAGAGGCUGAAAUCGCCACUGUCCUUCAGUAUAGCCUCAAGGGUUUGGAUUAUCUACAUCAGCUUAAGAAAAUACACCGCGAUAUAAAAGCCGGAAAUAUACUCCUAACAAAUUCAGGGACUGCUAAGCUUGCCGACUUUGGUGUUGCUGGUCAACUCUCCGACACCCUAGCCCGAAGAAAUACAGUAAUUGGAACUCCUUAUUGGAUGGCCCCAGAGGUAAUUAUAGUUUUAUCGUCAAUUUCGCUAUAUUACUUUGGCCUAUUUAAAUUUAGUUCUGAGAAGCCUGAGUCGUGA